CAUUAAGCAAAUGCAAAUCAAAACCACUAUGAGGUACUACUUCAUACCCACUAGGAUGACUAUAAUAAAAAAGACAAUAACAAGUUUUGGUCAAGAUAUGAAGAAAUGGGAAGCUUCAGCUAUCUCUAGUGAGAAUGUGAAAUUGGGGUAGCACUUUGAAAAACUGUUUGGUCGUUCUAUGAAGUGUUAAACCUAAAGUUAUAUAACCCAGCAACCCCACUAUUGAUAUGUAUCCAAGGAAAAUAAAAAACAUGCACCCCCACAAAAACUUAUACAUGAAUGUUCAUAGUAGCAUUAUUCAUAAUAAUAAAGAGUGGAAACAAUCCAAAUAGCCAUCAGUUGAUGAAUAUGAUGUAUAUCAGUACAAUGGAAUGUUACUCUGCCAUAAAAAUAAUGAAAUUCUGAUAUAAGCUACAAAAUGAGCCAAAAAUACACUAAGUAAAAGAAGGCAGGCACAAAGGGCCACAUAUUAUGUGAUUCCACUAAUAUAAAAUGUCAAGAAUAGGCAACUCUAUUAUAGAGACAGAAAGUAGAUUAGUGUUUGCCUAGGCCUGGAGCAAUGGGGUAAGUGGGGAGUGACUACUACUUACUAGAGGGUUUCUUUUUGGGUUGAAGAAAGUUUUAAAGUUAGAUUGUGGUGGUGGUUGUACAGCCCUAUGAAUAUACUUAAAUGGGUGGACUGUAUAAUAUAUUAAUUAUAUCUCAAUAUAACUCUUCUUAAAACAAUCUAAGGAGAAAAAUAAAGUAGGGAAUGGUUUGGCCAUGUUAGGAAGGUGCGGGAAGGAUGACAAUCUCAGAUAGGAUGGAAAGACUUAGACCUCACCAAGGUGACAUUAGACUUGAAAUGGUGACAGAGCAAGCCACAUGACUUUCUGCAGGAGAAAUAUUUCAGACAAGUGCAAAGACCAGGAGGCACACAUGCGCCUGGCAUGUUUGAGGGCCAAUGUUCAUGUGACAAGAAGGGAGAGAGUAGCAGGAGAUAGUGUCAGAGAAGCAAUAGGACCUAGAUCCCCAGGGACUUAUUCUGAGAUGAGCAGCAUCACCAAUGUAGUCUUGAGCAGAAGCAUGGCAUGCUGUAAUGUUUGUUUUCAGAGAAUCAAGAUGACUGCAGUUUUGUGAAUAGACUGAAGGGGAGCAAUAAUAGACGAGGUAGGAGGCAAGAGUUGAUGGUGACUUGGAACUUUAUCCAAGAGAGAAAUGGCAGUGGCAUCGACCAGUGUGAUAAUAGUGAAGGUGGAGGAGAGAUGUAGGAUCCUGUGUAUAUUUUGACAGUAGAGCUAACAGGAUUUGCCAAGGACUGGAAAAUGUUCAGUGUCAAGGACCAGGUAGUAAAUGUAUUAGGUUUUGCAGGCUGUACAUUCUCUGUUACAAUGACUCAACUCUGCCAUUGUAGCAUGAGUGCAGCCAUAGAUAGCACAUAAUGAAUGGUCAUGAUUGUUUUCCAAUAAAACUAUUUGCAAAAACCUGAAGCAAAUCAGAUUUGACCUGUGGGAUAUAGUUUGCCAACCUCCUCUGGAUUAGAUGUCAAGGGUGAGGGAUGGAUCAAAGGUAUUUGUUCUCAUCCACUGGAAGUGUGGAGUUGCCAUUAACUGAGAUAGCAAAGACUACAGAAGGAGCAGAUUGUGGGGGAUAUGGUGUGGACUCAAUUGGGAAUUAAGAGAUGGAGAUGUGACAUAGGCAUGUGGUCUUGAGAUCAUGGAAAAGGUCUGGCCUUGAGUCAUCAGCCUAAAGGUGUGUUUAAGACCCUACCCCAGACUAGAGAAGCAAAUGUAGAUAUACAGGAGUCCCAGGACUGAGCCGCGGGUUCUCCAGCAUUAAGCUGUCAAGAAGAUGAGCAUGAGCCAGCAAAAGAGCCUGAGAAGGAGCAGCCAGAGGGUAGGAGGGAAAGCAGGAGAAUGUGGCAUCCUGGAAGCAAAGAUAAGAAGUGUUUCAGUGAGUUGAACUCCAUCCUUUCCUUCUCCACUCACAAGAGUAUGUUGGAAUGCAAAUGAACAGAGAGAUAUUCUUACAGGAAUAAUCCUGAAUUUCCUCUAAUUUCUAGACUAAAAGAAGCAUUGUCAAGCUUUUUAUUCAAGAAAUGUUCAUUAGCUGUCAGGCCACAAAGCAGUAGGUCCUUUGAAUAGGGUGGUGAGCCACAUAAGGCAUGGUCUCUGCUCUUAGGCCGCAUAGAGUCUGGUUAGUAAGAGAGAGACGUUAAUCACAUAAUCGUUAACAUUGACCAAGGAUGGAUCAUCAUAACUAACCAAGGAUGUAGAACUGUGAACCAGAAUGAGAGUUCUAAGGGAAAGGACACACAUCUAAGACAGCAACACUAUGUACUCUUCCCUCGUACAAAGGAAUGGAUCUAAUCUGAUGGCCCAGGGAACUUCUGUAUUUUUCUGCUUUUAGUAAUACAUUAUUCCCACACUUCACACCCUAAUGGGAACACACCUGUUUUUCUGUUUGUUUGUUUGUUUUUGUUUUUUUGUUUUGUUUUGUUUUUAGAGGAAAUUUGUGAUCCUCUGAAUUAAAGGAAGGAAUAUGGGUUUUGUCAUCAGACCCAAGACCAAACUUCAGCUGUGGACCCCUGCAUUAUUCUUUUAUCCUCUUUGGACCUCUGCGUCUUCAUCUGUAUGAUAGGGGAUAAUAAAUGCUACAUUUUUGGUUUAUGGUGAGGACUAAAUCAGAUAAAGUAUGCAAGAUAUCUGGUAUGUCCAGUCCUCAUCCCUUUAGAAAAACAAUGUGUCAGUUUGUACAUCUGUGACAUUUUGUAAUAAUAAUUUUUAUUGAGCAGAUGUUUGUUGCCAGUUUGCUACUUUAGGAGGCAGAGAGUUUUUAGCCUUUUUCUAGGAUAUCGUUCAUUAUGCCAAUGUUCUCUUCCAAGAGAAAUGUGUAGGAACCUGAGUGUCCGUAUUUAGGGAAUAUUGAAAAACCAGAGCAUCCCUGUACAGUUCUUUGUUGUUAUCCUUGUCCUUUACAUAAAGAAAAUUCAGGUUUCAAUUCAGCUGUUUAAUGAAAAUUAGUGGUUCCCAAAACCUGCCAUAAUAAGUGCAGUUUUCUUUGUCUAAGAAAAAACCAUUUGCUAGCACAUCAUGUCAGUUUAACAACAUUUUCAUGGAAAUGUGCAGUGGUAUGCCUGGUGAAAUCAUUGAUGCAAUCUUUAAUCUUUUUGCGGAGAGGGAGCAAAAUCUUUAGUACUCUUUCAUUUUGAUGUGCACAGUCUAGCCUGUCCAUAUUUCUCAUUUUAAUUAAUGUAAUUAAAAGAGGAUGAAAGGCUGUGUUAAAAUGUUGUGUGUUAGAUUAUUGGGAUCAAGAAUAAUUAAAAUGUAUGAAAUGUGACAGAUUCCUAAGAUGAUCGGGAAAAAGGAAGGCCCCUUUUCUGAAUUUAAAGUGUACCAAAUUAUUUUUCACAAGAUUUAGAAAUGUCCAUGGAUAAGAAGCAUUUAUGAUAUGGAAUCUUCACAAAUGGACAAGACAGAAGGCUUGAGGGGGUGCUUGUCCUUAUGUUACCAUGAACAAUUUUAUCAUUUAUGUUUGCAGCUCUCCUUCCUGUUGCCUUCUUUGGAAACGAAGUGGAGAAUAAUAUUGAUUUAACACCUACUACAUGCUAGGUACUCUACAAAGUACUUUAUAUACCUCAGUUCAUCUAACCUUACUGAAGCCUUUGAUAAAGAGAUGUCUCCAUUUUAUAGAUGGUAAAACAGAGGCUUAGCGGUGAGGUAGCUGUCAUCUGCUAGGUCAUGCUGCUGGAGGUAAUAGAGCCAGAUUUGAAUUCAGGUCUUUUUUGUUGGACUUUUUCAAUGAUAAUACUCUGCCUGUUGCAGGAGGCAGAUUAUAAGUAUGGAUUAGAAAUUGGCUAGAAACUGUUGAGGAUAACUCUUAUGAGCAUUUCUUCUUUAUGACUGUAGCUCCACCUUUGUGAGUGCCUCAUGCAUCUUUACCUAUAUUAUAGAAGCUUCACAUGUUUCAAAUAUUUCUUUCUUUAUGGUUACAUGGGUUGCCUGUUCUUGCUUGAAAGUUAAUUAAAAUUUACAGUAUUUUCUUUUUCUAUCUUCUGAGGUAAAACAGAUGCAACUUUGAUCUCCAGUACUCAUUUAGGACUAUCAUAGUUUUUUAAAUGUUAAACAUUCCUUUGUUUAAAGACAUUAUGGGUUUAAUAGAUUAUAUUUUGUUUUGUUUAAUGUCUUUACAUAGCACAAAUUAAAAUGGACAGCUAUGGCAGACAUUACUGGGGUCCUCCAUUGUCUAUUUUCCUUGUUCUUUGUGAGCAUACAGUUCCCAGCCUCCUUGCAGCUGGGUGAGGUCAUGGGACUAGUUUGACCACUAGAAGUGAUAUCAUUCAUCUCCAGGCACCUAAAAUCCUCUUCAGUUCGCUCUUCUGCUGUUGUUGUAACUUGGAAAUUGUUCACUGAGAUCACAGAGGCACAAGAAGGAAGCAGAGUGGAUCCCUGAGUCACUACUUAGAAUGGAGUACCUGGAAAGCCUCUGGACCGCCAACUUUGCCUGAGAGAGAAAUCAAACUUUCUUGUGUUAAGCCACUGACAUCUGGAAUCGUAUGUUACUGCAUCAUCACCUAUGCUAGGCCAACUUACAUGACAAUUCUUCAUCAGCCUCUUCUCCCACAUUUACUUUAUUAGACUUUGAAAUCUAAAUGUCAGGAUUUCUCUUGAGUAAAAUAUUUAAAAGCAUGCACACACACAAAUGCACACAUUUGAAAAAGGAAGCCUUAUUAGAUGAGUGGUUUGAAACUUUGAUAAUAUCCCUUACAACAAUUAGAAUGUCCCAAUAGAAGGGCCAGAAGGUAGUAAUCUAAAUGAGCUAGGAUGAGUGAUGUCUAUCUUUUUAAAGUUCUUCAAAAACUGAAACACUGUCAUUUCCCUGAGUGACCCAUGUCAGUUCUUAUUUCAAUAUUCAGAAGUCUUCCUUAGGUCCAAGAAAGAUUUUAAAUGACCUAAAGUGGAAUUGAGGACCCUCUUCAGGUCAUUUAAAAUCCAUUCCUUCUUAUUUUAUACCCAUAGAAACAGAAGUUUAAAACUUGUUCAUUGCAGCCUUCGUCAUUACAGCUCUUCAUCUAGGAGGCCACCACCCUUGCUGUCACUUACCCUUCCCUUCUGUAACCUGACCAGUACCGAUGUACUUGACCUUUCCCCGUAAUCCUCUAACAAGAUGCUGCCUAAAGCUGGCUAGAAUGGAAAGAUGAUUUGAUUUUCCAGCAUGUGUGGAGCUGCCUCUUUGUUAUUACCUGGCAAUGUCAUGUUUGUGCUGCUUUGCUGUCUUGUGUCCAUGCAGACAUCUCUUAAUUCUGCAUUUGUGUUCAUAAUUUUCCUUCCUACUCAUGUUCUUCUUCCUGCCUGGAACACCUUCUCCAGCAGAAGGUGAAUUUGACUAAGGUCAAAUUUUUGCAGCCUUUUUAUACUCUGGAUUUUGUGUCAUGCUUAGUAAGGCCUUCCCCCACUAUAAAAUUGUGUUUUAAUUCCAAAAAAGUAAAAGCAGUUUUAACCUUGAGCUUGACCCAGAUCAUACUUUUCCUGAUUCCUGAUCACCGCUGCCACAAUUAAUUUUGUCUUCCUUGUCCUUUCUCCUAUAUACGGUAAUCAAUUAUGGUCAUUUGUAUAAAUAUCCUAUCAUUCCACCUAAACAGAAAGUUCUGAAGGUCGACAGUUGCAUCCUUGUCUCCUAACAAGACUGUCCUCCACAAAUCCCUAAUAAACAUUUGGUUGAGUUUCUCAUAUGUAUUACCUGUUCUUCCCUGCCUUUACUCGCAGGAGGUUUGCUGUCAUGAAUGUGGAAUUUCACUGUUUUUUAGAAAAACAAUAUGAGUUUUGUUCCUAUUUAUCAGGUCUCUGAAAUUUUUUAAGUAGUUUUUUCUCACUUUGUCUAAUAUCUACCAGUAUAAUUUCUAAAAAUCGUCAUUAGAAUGGUCUCCAGGAUGAAAAUAAUGACCACAGGGAAUUAAUGAUCUUUGGAUUUUGUAAUUUUAAUAUUCUGCAUAAGUGUGAUGCAUAGAUAUCCAGCUUCCUCAUCACCAACUGAGCUCACAGAGCAUGUGCUACCAGAAGGACUUGGGCAGCGUGCUUUUGUGCCAUCCCUGUCUUGAAUGCAAUUAGGCCUUUGAGGACUCUGCAUGCCUCCUACCAUAACACACACCCCAUUCUACUCUAAUUGCCUACUUAAUUGUCUUCUCUCUCAUUGCCAAGCUCUUUUAAGGCAGGAUCCAUGUGUAUCUUGGUCACCAUGUUGUCCCCAAACCCUAGCACAGUGACUGGCAAAUAGUAGGAGCUUAUUUAAUGAGUGAAUGGAUAUAUGAAUGAAUGGAUGAAGCAUGUAUUCAUCUCAAAAAUAUAGUUGUCUUGUCCUGGUGUAUAGUUUCAGAAGAGGGGCCCCGCCUCUUGAUCAUUUUUACUCCUUUCUUUCCUAGAUUCACAGCAAUUCAAAGCAUUUGUAUUGUGUCAUAUGGAAAAUGGCAUAUCAGUGGCUCACCCACAUUAGAUGGAACUUUGAGAUGUGCUCUUAGGAGUAAAGAUUUUGUAGUCUUCCCUUUACUGCUUUCUCCCCACCUUUUGAAUUUUAACUGGUCAGUUAACUACUUUGUGCUGAAGUCAAUGUUGGAAGCAUGAUUGCUUCUAUUAAUAUUACUAAUAGCUAACAUUUGUUGAGUGUUUGCUAUGUACUAGGCUCAGUGUUAAAUGUUUCACAUUAAUUCUCAUUGGAUCCCCCCAACGGCCCCAUGAAGGUAGGCACUAUCAUUAUGCCCUAGGUUACAGGUAAGGACCUCAGGCCUCAAGUCAUAGAGCUAGCAAGUGUCAGAGUCAGAGUCUGACCCCAGGCAAUCCAUUUUAGACUCCAUGUUAUGUUGUUAAUUCUUAUGAAAUUGGUAGUCACGUGUCACAUCUGUUCCAGGUAAAGAUUAAUCUCUUGCUAUGUUUCAGCUGUCUUUAUUUCAUUAUUGAUCAGCUGUGAAUUGCCUCAUAUAUGACCAUGCUGAUCAUGGGUAGAUGAGAGAAUAGUGUACCCAUUUUUAAGAAACUGAGGCAUGGAAAAUUGAAGUGACCUGUUCAUGGCCACACUGGGUUAGAAUGUCACUGCUUCCACUUGGCUAUUGGGGACCCCAAACUGUUAGAUUUGUUAAUUGACUUUUUGAAGGAUAUUGAGGUCUGGGGAGACCAUCUGCCUCCCCACACACUCUGAGUUCUGUGUGAUGGAAACUGAAGGCUGAGUGUUAUUCAUUUGAUUGUAUUUUAUUUCUCUUACUGAGAAGUUAUUCCAGGUCUCAUGAUUUUCACCAUGAAAAAUCUUCUGGGAACUAGAGAGAAGCAUUCUGAAAGAAGUUAUUAAGCAUUAUUAAUACAAUUACAUACAACAAAAGACAUAAUUUAACUUCCCCACAUCCAACAAAGAAAUUCAUUUGAAGCUUCAGGAACUCCAGCUGGAAGGGCAGAGCCCAUCAGAGUGGGUUCCCCAGGCGGGGGAGUGUGGGCAAGGAGCCAUGCUAGCUGCUUUGUCCUUGGGGACACUUCUGUGCAUGAUGGAAUAUUCCUCUCUCCCAGCCUCCCCAACCUUUCCCUCACCCUUCACUUUCGCUCACAGUGCUUCCUUAUUACAGGCACAGAGUCCAGAAUAUUGCCUGGCUCUUGCCUCUCUCCUGGCCCGGGAUACUGCACAGGCAGCAUUGAAGGAAUAUAUGAUUUUAAACAAUUAAAGAUGACCAUGGAAAUACUCAGAUGCUAGGAACAGUGAUCAGCCUAGUAGAUAGUAUGCCUAGGUGAAUUUUUCUGACUUCAUUCAAAAUAUCAGAAAUAGCUAUUGAGUAUGUGAUAUUGUGUUAAUCUUCACCAUGGUUCUAUUCGAUAUUUUACUUUCUUUAAUUGCAGUAGCCCAUAAGGUCCUUGAAAGCAGAGACUGUGUUUAUACCCAGUCUUUAGAGCUGUGCAUGGCAUACAGUAUGUGCUCAGUAAAUAUUUAUUGAAUGAGUGAAUGGUACAAAUGAGGUUAUUGAAGAUCCCACAACUUAAGUUACUUGCCUAAGAUCACAUUGCUAGCAGGAAGGAAAGGCAGGGUUUGUACACAGGGCUCUCCAAAUGUAUAGAUUCCUUUCUUCCAGAUUGCUAAGUUAGGCCUACUAGUGGUGUAGAAAAAUGGAGAUUGGAGACCCCAAAGGUUUUCAACAAAAGCUCCAUCUGAGGUCUAGGAAAUGCGGGUUCUGACCCAUCCUUGCUGAAAUCCUCGUGUGAGUUUAGAAAAGUUAUUUCUCCAGUGGUCUCCAUUUUCUAAUCUGUAAAAUGAGGAGAUGGAAGCAAUGUUCUCUAAGGGCCUCAGGGUCUUCAGAUGCCCCUGGGAAGGUUUAUGCUUUGUCUUCUUCUGCAUGCACUUGGAAUUGGGGUAAGGGGUUAGAGGGCAGCUGACUAACUCACCAUCCAAGCACGUGAGGAAAGGAGUCAUUUGUGCUUUAUUUCAAGGUGCACAAAAACUCAAAGGUGACGUAGUCUCAGGCCAAAAAACAAGCAACACCCCAAAAUGAAAGUUGAAGAGAGAAGAGAAAGAAAAAAAUUAGAAAGGAGAGGCAUGUGAAGGCUUGACACAGCAUUUAAUUGAAAAAAAGAGCGCUCUGAUUCCACUCCUAGGUUGCUGUAGCAUAUAAUCUGAAACAGGCGCUCAGGUUGAUAAUUGUGCCCAGAUCUGAUCCUUGGCACAUAAGAGCAUAGCUUUUAAGAAGAAAAAAUAUAGGCAUGUGUCUUUAAAGCCUCUCUUCUUAUAUGUGAUUUUUUCGUGCUCAUUUGGAGGUUGCGUAGCUGGGCCCUUGCAUCCAGCAAAGGCUUCCUUCCCCUCUCCCUGGCUUGGGGAUUAUUGAUUUGGAAGGCAAGGCUAAUUUACAUGUAAAUAAAUCUCAGCACUGGGCAGCGGGAUGGGACGUCCAGAUGCCGUGACUGACUUGCUGACAUCACAGCUUCAUUAGCAUGCGGAGGAUGCAAGCACUGCAACAGCGACUUCUCAGGCACCACCAGCAGCACCACCGACAGUUAUUAUUAUUUUUUGACCGAGCAGCACAUUUCCUGGUUCAGUGGCUUGAGCUCUGUGAGCAGCUGACUAGUCGCCCCGGGUCUGGCUCAGGAUCAGCUGGUGACGCUGAGGCUGGAGUCUGGAACUUCUUCCUUCAGAUUGUCAUGAAGAAGGGGAGUUAAGAGGAAACUGGGGGUCCUCGGGAAGGCGAUCUGAGCACUCAGGCUGAUCCAGAGGAAGAGUAGAAGUCAUACUUUUUUUUCCCUGCUUGGUGAAUUCCCCAGCAGAGUCUGGAUCCAGCAGUGCUGUUUUCCCUGAGGGAAUGUGGAACAGCUCGGCUUGAGUGUGCUGCCAGCUUCAGGAAGGGUUCAGACUGUAAAGGGGGUUUGAGGAGAAGAUGCUUUGGCUGCCUGAGGUCCUGCUUGCAUUCUUAGAAGUCAGACCCAGGGAGAAAGUGAACUGGGACAAUUGACAAGCUCCAAGGGUCUGGCAGAAGCUUCCUCCGAGACUGGGCAUUUCAUCUUCCCUGGAGGUGGGAAGAUCUGCCUGCACUGCAAGUGUCCCCAAGAGGAGCACAUGGUGACAGUGAUGCCGCUGGAGAUGGAGAAGACCAUCAGCAAACUCAUGUUUGACUUUCAGAGGAACUCGACCUCAGAUGAUGACUCAGGCUGUGCCUUGGAAGAGUAUGCCUGGGUCCCGCCGGGUCUGAAGCCUGAACAGGUACACCAGUACUAUAGCUGUCUCCCAGAAGAGAAAGUCCCUUAUGUCAACAGUCCUGGAGAGAAACUGCGAAUCAAGCAGCUACUACAUCAGCUGCCACCACAUGACAAUGAGGUUCGAUACUGUAACUCCCUGGAUGAGGAAGAGAAGAGGGAGCUGAAGCUUUUCAGCAGCCAGAGGAAACGUGAAAACUUGGGCCGUGGGAAUGUCAGGCCUUUCCCAGUCACCAUGACAGGAGCUAUUUGUGAACAGUGUGGAGGCCAGAUCAAUGGUGGAGACAUCGCUGUGUUUGCGUCACGCGCUGGCCAUGGCGUUUGCUGGCACCCGCCGUGCUUCGUAUGCACUGUCUGCAAUGAGCUCCUGGUGGAUCUGAUCUACUUUUACCAAGAUGGGAAGAUAUACUGUGGCAGGCACCAUGCUGAGUGCCUGAAGCCGCGCUGUGCAGCCUGCGAUGAGAUCAUCUUCGCAGAUGAAUGCACAGAAGCCGAGGGGCGACACUGGCACAUGAAACACUUUUGCUGCUUCGAGUGUGAGACAGUGCUGGGCGGCCAGCGCUACAUCAUGAAGGAGGGAAGACCCUACUGUUGCCACUGCUUCGAGUCCUUGUAUGCAGAAUAUUGUGACACCUGUGCCCAACAUAUAGGCAUCGACCAAGGUCAAAUGACCUAUGACGGCCAACAUUGGCAUGCCACUGAGACCUGUUUCUGCUGUGCUCACUGCAAGAAAUCCCUCCUGGGGCGGCCAUUCCUCCCGAAGCAGGGCCAGAUAUUCUGCUCACGGGCCUGCAGUGCUGGGGAAGACCCCAAUGGUUCUGACUCCUCCGAUUCCGCCUUCCAGAACGCCAGGGCCAAGGAGUCCCGGCGCAGUGCCAAAAUUGGCAAGAACAAGGGCAAGACGGAGGAGCCCAUGCUGAACCAGCACAGCCAGCUGCAAGUGAGUUCCAACCGGCUGUCAGCCGAUGUAGAUCCCCUGUCACUGCAAAUGGACAUGCUCAGCCUGUCCAGCCAGACGCCCAGUCUCAACCGGGACCCCAUCUGGAGGAGCCGGGAAGAGCCCUACCAUUAUGGGAACAAGAUGGAGCAGAACCAGUCUCAGAGCCCUCUGCAGCUCCUCAGCCAGUGCAACAUCAGAACUUCCUACAGUCCAGGAGGGCAAGGGGCUGGGGCCCAGCCCGAAAUGUGGGGCAAGCACUUCAGCAACCCUAAAAGGAGCUCGUCACUGGCCAUGACAGGACAUGCUGGCAGCUUCAUCAAAGAAUGCCGAGAAGACUAUUACCCAGGGAGGCUGAGAUCUCAGGAGAGCUACAGUGAUAUGUCUAGUCAGAGUUUCAGUGAGACCCGAGGCAGCAUCCAAGUCCCCAAAUAUGAGGAGGAAGAGGAGGAGGAAGGGGGCAUGUCCACUCAGCAGUGUCGGACCCGUCAUCCAAUCAGUUCCCUGAAAUACACAGAGGACAUGACGCCCACAGAGCAGACCCCUCGGGGCUCCAUGGAAUCCCUGGCUCUGUCUAAUGCAACAGGCCUCUCUGCUGAUGGUGGUGCCAAGCGCCAGGAGCACCUAUCCCGAUUUUCCAUGCCUGACCUCAGCAAAGACUCUGGAAUGAAUGUGUCUGAGAAGCUGAGCAACAUGGGCACUCUUAACUCGUCCAUGCAGUUCCGGAGCGCAGAGUCGGUUCGCAGCCUGCUCUCCGCCCAGCAGUACCAGGAGAUGGAGGGAAACCUCCACCAGCUCAGCAACCCCAUUGGCUACAGAGACCUGCAGUCCCACGGAAGGAUGCAUCAGAGCUUUGAUUUUGAUGGAGGGAUGGCGGGCAGCAAGCUGCCAGGGCAGGAGGGUGUGAGGAUCCAGCCCAUGAGCGAACGCACCCGGAGAAGAGCUACUUCGCGUGACGACAACCGCCGCUUCCGACCUCACAGGUCCAGGCGUUCCCGACGCUCUCGCUCCGACAACGCCCUCCACCUGGCCAGCGAACGCGAGGCCAUCUCUCGGUUGAAAGAUAGGCCACCUCUGAGAGCCAGGGAGGACUAUGACCAAUUCAUGCGCCAGCGGAGCUUCCAGGAGAGCAUGGGGCAUGGGUCCCGGAGGGACCUGUACGGCCAGUGCCCUAGGACUGUGUCGGACCUGGCUUUGCAGAAUGCCUUUGGGGACCGAUGGGGACCCUACUUCGCGGAGUAUGAUUGGUGUUCCACCUGCUCCUCCUCUUCAGAGUCUGACAACGAGGGCUAUUUCCUAGGAGAACCCAUCCCCCAGCCAGCGCGCCUGCGAUACGUCACGAGCGAUGAGCUACUGCACAAAUACAGCUCCUACGGCCUCCCCAAAUCUUCCACCUUAGGUGGCAGAGGACAGUUGCACAGCAGGAAAAGACAGAAGAGCAAAAACUGUAUCAUUUCUUAAUAUGAUUAGGAUCAGGGAAUGGGAGAAGAUGGGAGCUAAGAAUGUAAAUUCAGAAACUUGCACUGUUUUAAAUGUUAAAGCGCUUUUAGGGGUGGCUUAUGGGGGAGAAAAGGGAAAAUGCUGUCAGUAGAUGGAGGCAAGGUUACAGAUUGACUCAAUAGGUAGUCACAGUUCUUGGCAUGUUGAAUAUUAUUUGCACAUUUCACUUUGGAAACACAGUAGACUCUAUUGAGGCCAGGGUUGGUCACUUCCUUCCCAUCAGUUCUGUGUUGAGUUGCCAUCUCGCAAGAUGGCAAAUUGUUUCCUGCUCGCUUUUAUCCUCUCUGGUUCUCUUACUUUUAGGACCCUUUUUUCAGUAAGUAAUUUGUUUAUUAGCCAGGACCCAAGACUAAGUUAUUUACAUGUCCAUUGUAAAUGCAAUGUAAAUGAGAGUUCUGAUAAAAUAUUUUUGUAUUUUGUAAUAUCAAAGGAAUUUCUAUAUCGUAGGACUCAGUGGGGACUUGCAUGCACAUCCACCAUUGUCUUUGAGUAGUAUUAAAAGGUGGCCCCGUACCACCUUUUUUUUUUUUUUUUCUAUACAAAUUUGUUACAUGUCAGUGAGACCUUUUUCAAAGGAAUAUAUUCAAUUUGGCUUUUUGUGGCUGAAAAAAAAUAACUAUUAGACCCAAAGCAUUUUAUGCUCCAUUCCAUCUUAAGGAGCCAUCCUUAAGUCUGCUCCCACCCUCAGUAGAAUUUAUUUUCUACAAAGUGGUAGUAAUUUUUUUUAAAUUGCAAAUGUAAUUUUUGCCAAUUAGAGAAACCAACCAGUGUCAGUAAAAUUCUGUGAGAAAUGCCAUCCCUGCUGGGAAUGUUGAAGUUACUUAAUGUUGAUCUAUCCCUUGGGGAAAGUGAAAGUGACUGUGAGUGGUGCUGUUGUGUGAUGUCAGCAUGACGUUGUUUUGAAUGUGGCAUUAUGUUCUGGUGCUCAUGUUUCCUGGAUUGUAUUAUCUGCUUUCCUUUACCAAGGCAGACAGAGCUGCUGCCUUAGCCUGACAACCGGUUGUCCUCAAAGCAAAUGAACUUAAGUAUUUGGGGUUGAGGGACAGAAGGAUUCUGAGGGGGCUCUGGGAGGGACGGUGUGUGACAUGUCAUGCCUGGAGAAGGAACAAGGCUAUUUGAAAACAGAAAGCAGGUCAAGGGUAGAAGUUAAAGGAGAAUCUGAAGGCAGGUCAGGGAAAAGAAGAACUGGAAAUGAAACAGAGGACAGGUGACAACCACGUCUCGAAGAGCUCCCAGAGAUUGUAGAAAGAAUCCAGUGUAACCAGCACAGUAACCAAAGUAUCUGGGUUACUCAGGAAGGUUGAGCUACUGAGAUUUCAGUGGUGCAGUGACUUUAAAAAACAGGCUAUGUCAGGAGGGGAUUUCAAUUUUGAACUUUGAGGACUGUUGGUCAGAAAUUGGGCUCAAAAGUGAGUUUGCUUAAUGAAGACAUUUAACGGUUGUGCUGUUUAUAGUAAAAUAAAACUCCCUACCUUGCUUCAGUUAAAAAUGAAGCGCUUGGUUUCUUCCAUCCUCCUCCUCCCCUUAAUGGAUUGUGGCAGUUGAAAUAAUCCAUCGGAGGACCCACCUGUAGUGAGAUGUACUGUCAGUGUAGUGCCCGGUGUAUCACAGUGGCCAUCUGCCAUGGUGAGGUGAGCGUGAUCUCUUUUCAGUAUAGUAGUAAACAUUUUCUAGUAUUUUUUAUGGAGAGAAUGUCAAAAGCAGUAUUUCAGACCCCGUCCCAGAUGGGUCUGAGGAAAGGAAGGCUGUAAAGGACAUGGUAAUGGCACUCCAUUCGGGAUGUAUUAAAAUAAUUUGCUUUUCAGGUAUUAAUAUGACAUUUGUCAUUGUCACUGAUUUUUUUAAAAAAGCAAUGCACAUGUUGGUUGUGGCUGUUUUCCGCAUGCUAUCUUCAUAUCUAAAUGCUUCAUUAAUUAUCCGAGCCUCCGGAGAAUUAACUCUAUUACGUUUGUAUAGUAAGUUUGUAAACUGCUUGGCAAACUGAUUAAGAAAUAAUUUGCAACACCGUGCUACUAAAGUGGCAGGUUUCUGGUAGAAAUUGUGCGGGUCCAAUUUGGAGUUUUAAGUUCCUUGAUUGAUGAAACUAAAAAGGUAAUUUUGGAAAAAGAAAAGAGAAGGGGAAAAGUAGAUCACUUAUCUUAGCAAACAGUUAAAAAUAUGUCUGUCCUCUGUGGCCCCAAAUCCAGUGAAGGAAAUUCUCCCAGUAAAAGUUGCUUCCUAACUCUGUUUUUCUCAGAAUACCUCUUACAUUUCUCAAAGAAAGCUUCAACCACCAUCAGCAGAAAGAAGGUGGCCUAAAAACUGACACAUGGCCAGUGCCCAGAGGGGUCUGGAGGCAUAAGUCUAGAUGCCCAGAGAGCAUCCAGGGACUGAACUGCUCAAAGCUUGAGAUGAAAUGACAUACAAGCUUCAGGGUAAAACUGUCUACUAGCAAGAUUACCUCCCUCUAUUCUACCAUUGCAGAUUUCUUCUUACCCCAAAUGCAACCUUACAGAGAAUGCUGAAUGCGGAAGGCCAGUUCCUUACGAUGAUGGCAGAACCUCCAAGUGAAUGCCCUGUUGAGGAAAAGGACAUCAUUGUAUUUGGAAUUCCACCUGCUAGUGAUAGCUCACACAUCACAUCCCAGAAUCCCAUUCCUAAUGCAUUCUUCCCUGAGGCAAGAACUUAAGGUCCUCACCUAAUUCCUCCAUCAAAACCAUUAACUCUUAUUGGACAAGCUCCUCCUGUGAGUGGGGCCUGUACUCAUUUCCUCUUAGAUCAUAAUUCCAUCUUCAACAGACUGGUUUCCAGAAUAGUAAUCUUUUUCCAGUGUUCUAUCUUCUCCAAUGCCCUGGUUGUUAUUUUUCCACCUCUCCUAAUACUGAUCUUCUUGUCUUUUGGUUAGAACUGCAACUUCGGAGUUCAGUUCAUUUCCUAUUGCUGCUCAAUUCAGUAGCAACAUAGCUGGCUUGUUCCCAGGCCCAGGAAAUAUAAGUCAUUGACAGUUUCCUGAGAGGCUUUGCCAAUCCAUACCACCCUUGGUACUGUGAAAAGACUUCUUAGCAGCCAGGUGGCAUUGAGGAUGGUAUUCAGGGCACUUUCCUUCUGUCAUAUAGUUGUGGGAUCUCUACCAAGUGUGAAGGUGAAUGAGGUAAGGGAGAUCAGAACCAUGCUUCCUGGUUUUUCGUAUGUCCAAGGGAGAAGUCCUGGUGUGGGUUGUUUGACCCCUUCUUUCUACUUUCACCUUUUAUUUUUUAUUCCUUUCUUUCUACCCCCAACCAGCUGAGCAAUUUUGUGUUUCUAACACAGGACCUGGGAGUAGUGCUUUCUAAUCCUCAUUUCCUGUAGGAUGCUCCUGCACUAUAACAAGAUUAUGUUUUCUUCCUUCUGUGGCAGCUUUCUGCUUCUUGGGUACUACUAGCUAUUGUUGAGUUCCGACGGGGCCUGUGAUGACAUAUAUGUGGCAUGUGCUCUGCGCUUCCUGCAAGCUAAGCAGAUACAACCAGUGCAUCACUGUAUACUCUCGCUGAGAAUGUGGAUGCAGCCUCACAGAUCUUUGCAACACUCCAACCAGCCAGGACCAGUUGAUCAGAACUGAUUUUAUUAGUCUGCUAACAAAUCUUAUUUGUGAACUGAUUCGUAUCUGUCUUUCCACCCUUGGUUCUCUUGCCAUAGAACAAAAACAGUUUAGGAAGCAUAGUUAGGAACAUUUAGGAACCAAUAUUUAUAAGUAAUACGGAGACUCUAAUUCACCCUCCCCUCCCCACCCCAGGUUGUGGAGGCUCAAGGAAGCUGACUUCUUAGGCUAAAGGACAAAAAAUUUCUUUCACCUCCUUUGCCAUUUUCAUGUUCUCUGCCAAUUACUAUAGGCAGUCUUCAUUUUGCAGAGGUGAGGUAGGACUUCAUCUUAUUCUUCAUCUAAUCCCACCUUCUAACAACAACAAAAAAAUAACAUUUAAAUUCCAAGGAGAAGUGUUCUUUGUGUAUUUCUAACAGAAAACAGACGCUUAAGCCUAAGAAGGAAGAUCCGUCCAUGACAAAGGAAAGUGGAAAACUGAACCAGUUAUCUGAAUACUUCAUGCCAGGACAGUUGCUAUUAGCAACUGUUUUGCACCUUCAGGGCUUUAAAAUGGGCUCUGCAGACAGCAUUUGCAUAUGCAGGACUCAGUAGCCAAGCCUCCACUGCCAGCUGUUGAAGGCAGUUUCAGAUCACCACCUUUUGAGGUACAUUUCUUUAAGCACAAGAGAAGUGGAAAUGGCCUUUGCCUUGUCUCCAGUGGUUUGUCCCUCUGGUGCCUCAGCAGAUACCAGAGCUUAUUCUUAUGACCAUUUGGAAAUAGUCCUCAAAGUUAAGAUCAUGAAAAAAUUGGAUUCUUUUUCCAUUUUCUCAUAAUAGUAGCCUAGUCAACACAAGACUCCCAUAAAAUAUGACUCACUAUUGGGAGCCAUACUAUUUUAUAAGCUUACUUCCUGCUGACAAAACUAGCUUUCCUCAAGGAAAUAUAAAGGAGGGGAAAGUCACGUAGUGUUAGGAAAACAUUUCUGUGUUUUGAAAAUGAUGAAUCCAUAGGAUAGAGAAAAAUCUUCUUGUUCUAUUCUGAGAGUUCUCUGAGCUAUCCCUUCACUCUGCUCAGCAUUUGGCCAUUGAUGUUCAACAGGUCACUGACCAAGCUUUUCUAAAUUUUUCAGAGGGAGUUACUUACCAAUCAGGUCUGUUCUCAAACCUACCUAGCUGAUUUUCAUAUCUUUCCAUAAAGGGUCAUGAUUUGAUCAUGGACCCUGACUUAACAUUCUAAGGACUAUGAAUCCUCCAUUUUUUUUAAUUAAUUUUUUUUUUUAAGCAAAUUAGGACUUCAGCAGGUUUUCCUCUCCUAAACUCAUUCUUUCCUCCACAGGAUUGCUUUGCCCAUCUCCUGCUUUCAUUUCAAGUGCAUAAACAAAACCUCAAAGGGCCUGGGAAGGUGAGGCAGGCCAGAGUCUGUGUUCUGUGUUGAGUGUCAAGCUAUUUGUUAAGAAGGUCUGCAACAGGCCUUUGGUGUGGGCUCUGCCAGAGACUGUUCUGAACACUUUGCUUGAGAUCUGUGCCCUGUAAAAUGGAUAUGAUGUUUUACUGAUGUCUGUAAUACAUUUGUAAACUUCCAAUAAAAUUUGAAUAAAAGAAAU